ACAUCAGAGGACAGUAUAAAGUGGUGCCGGAUGAAACCCAGGUUAUAUUCACUGGUACAACAUUGUUUAAAAAACUGUCUACCGUCUUUCCACCCAUCCCUCGACAUAGGUUUUUCCUACUAGAUUUCAACAUGCUCUAUCCGCGUCUGAACAAAGAUGAUAUUCUUACAGAUGUGAUUGACCAUAUAACUGCGGUCCAGCAAUUGGAAUCAAAACAGAUUAAUCAAAGAAUAGUGCAGAAGUGUGAUAUACACAUUGAGAAUAUCAGAAAAGAAGAAUUGUCUGUCACAUUAUGGACAGAUAUUGCAAAAGCUUUUUGUUCUUUAUCGAUCCAGAAGUUGUCUUUGCCGAUUAUUGUUGUAUUUACAAGUUUAAAAGUCCAGAUUUACCUAGAGAACAUCGUCUUGAAUAGUACUGGCUCCUCCCUUUAUUUCAUCGACCCAGACAUCCCGGAGGUUAACUCAUAUAAAUCAAUGUCAGUGCACUUCUAAAAUCGUCCUUCCUGUUCAAACCUCUAAACAUGCUAAUUUUUCAAAAUUUCUUAUUUUCUUUUUAAACUUGCAGGUUCUCAACCUGUAAAGUCCCUGUAAAAA